UCUCCUUCAUUCACAAGAUCCAAAUAAGCAGAAACACAGACUUGAAGAGUUGGGCUGCUGCUCGCCGGCCGUGCACUUGGAGGGGAAGCCCUCCGCUGCUUUCUGGGGAAGAGAGGAGAACAAAGGACGCGGCUCCAGGGGAGCGCUACUUUCCUCGUCGUCGGGAGCUGAAGUCAGGUGGCGUCCACAGUCAGGAAGCCAUGUCCAGAUCGGGCGACAGAACCUCCACCUUUGACCCAACACACAGCGACACCUUGCUGCACGGGCUCAACCUCCUGUGGAGGAAGCAGCUGUUCUGCGAUGUGACUCUCACCGCGCAGGGACAACAGUUCCACUGCCACAAAGCUGUGCUGGCGUCCUGCUCCCAGUACUUCAGGUCGCUCUUCUCCUCCCAUAAUGUCAUCAACAACGAGGGCGGUAAAGGGGACCUGGCCAGCGCCGGCACCCCGUCCUCCUCCCCGGACGACAAGCUGGCCACCCCCACCGCCAGACCCAUCAACAACCUGGUCCUCCAGGGCUGCUCCUCCAUCGGACUGAGGCUGGUGUUGGAGUACCUGUACACCGCCAACGUGACUCUGUCCCUGGACACUGUGGAAGAGGUGCUGUCGGUCAGCAAGAUUCUCAACGUCCCCCAGAUCACCAAGCUCAGCGUCCAGUUCCUCAACGACCAGAUCUCGGUGCAGAACUACAAGCAGAUCUGCAAGAUCGCCGCGCUGCACGGCCUGGACGAGACCAAGAAGCUGGCCAACAAGUACCUGGUGGAGGACGUGCUGCUGCUGAACUUUGAGGAGAUGUGCGCCAUGCUGGACGCUCUGCCUCCUCCGGUGGAGUCGGAGCUGGCUCUCUUCCAGAUGUCGGUGCUGUGGUUGGAGCAUGAGCGCGAGACUCGGAUGCACUACGCCCCGGACCUGAUGAAGAGGCUGCGCUUCGCCCUCAUCCCCGCGCCCGAGCUGGUGGAGAGGGUGCAGUCGGUGGACUUCAUGAGGAGCGACCCGGUGUGCCAGAAGCUGCUCCUGGAUGCCAUGAACUACCACCUGAUGCCCUUCAGGCAGCACUGCCGGCAGACCACCGCCAGCAGGAUCCGGUCCAACAAGAGGAUGCUGUUACUGGUGGGGGGUUUACCUCCCGGACCCGAUCGCCUCCCCAGCAAUUUGGUCCAGUACUAUGACGACGAGAAAAAGACCUGGAAGAUCCUGACCAUCAUGCCUUACAACAGCGCCCAUCACUGCGUGGUGGAGGUGGAGAACUUCCUGCUGCUGCUGGGCGGCGAGGACCAGUGGAACCCCAACGGGAAACACAGCACUAACUUCGUCAGCCGAUACGAUCCGAGAUUCAACAGCUGGAUCCAGCUGCCACCGAUGCAGGAGAGGAGGGCCAGCUUCUUCGCCUGCCGCCUGGACAAGCACCUGUACGUCAUCGGUGGGAGGAACGAGUCGGGCUAUCUCUCCAGCGUGGAGUCCUACAACCUGGAGACCAACGAGUGGAACUACGUGUCGCCGCUGCCGCAGCCUCUGGCCGCCCACGCUGGAGCCGUGCACAACGGCAAGAUCUACAUAUCAGGUGGCGUUCACAACGGCGAGUACGUGUCCUGGCUCUACUGUUACGACCCCGUCAUGGACGUGUGGGCGCGGAAGCAGGACAUGAACACCAAGCGAGCCAUCCACACCCUGGCUGGCAUGAACGACCGCCUCUACGCCAUCGGUGGCAACCAUCUGAAAGGUUUCUCUCAUUUAGACGUCAUGUUGGUGGAGUGCUACGACCCCAAGGCGGACCAGUGGAACAUCCUGCAGACCCCCAUCCUGGAGGGCCGCAGCGGCCCCGGCUGCGCCGUUCUGGAGGACAGCAUCUUCCUGGUGGGGGGCUACAGCUGGAGCAUGGGAGCCUACAAGUCCUCCACCAUCUGCUACAGCCCCGAGAAGGCCACGUGGACAGAGCUGGAGGGUGAGGUGGCCGAGCCUCUGGCAGGUCCGGCGUGCUCCACCGUGGUCCUGCCCGCCUGCCUGCCCUUCAACAAAUGACAACUAAUGACACCAGGUGGUGAGGAGCAGCAGAGCGCUUGGGAAGAGGACCAUCACUGAGCAAACACAACCGCCAGUCUGUGUAUAUCAAGUAUUUUUUUACAGGGUGGACACUUUGGUUCAAAACGUGUGUGUGUGUGUGUGUAUCUAAGCUCCGUGUUCGGGGAGGUGGUGGCUGCUUCCCUUUUCUGAUCUUGCCAGUAAGUGUUUUCCUCCUCUGUAGCACGAAUAGUGUCGAACAGCAACGUAGCCUUCAGACCCAUCGUAUCUUGUGCGCAGUCCAGACACCUGCUGCUGAGGCGUCAGCUGGUGGGGUAGCGGGACCCCUUCUGCUCACGCAGCCUCAGUGUGGGCGCCGCUCCCUCCGAGGUUUUGAGUGUUGAAGAUAAAUCAGAAGGAAAUUGUACAAUCAAAGAGUCAAGCCGUGCCAGCGAGGGUCCGGGCUGCAUGUGAGCUCCGGCACAGCUGCCCACCAGCUGGAAUGUGAAUGGAGUAGGUGCUGUGUGUAAAAUAUCUGGGGAAGGUUUUGUUUCCGUCUCGUCUGCAUCACACCCUUUUGAAACAUGGCGCUGCUUUGCUCACUCUUGUACAUAGCGGCUUGCAGUGGAACAUUUUCUGUGCACUCAACUUUGGAUUUAUUCUCAAAUCCUGUUAUUGUCCUUUGCAUUUUAGGAAAUGAAAAUAAACUGACU